UUUCUACUUCCGGUUCACUUGGUACAACAUUUGUUUACCCAUUCGGGUUGUGCAGUUCUUUUGUGUAGUGUUCUCCUAACCAAACGCUCCUUCAAAACAUUCUCAUCGGAUGCGACAAAUUACUCCGAAGUGAACGCCAACGCAAUCCCAAACGUCCAAGUCAAUGACGAGAGGAGAUUCCAAGUCACAACGACUAACUGAAAAACAAAAGAAAAUGAGGUGUCCCGCGGACUUCACUGUAGAAGAUCUUCACCAUGAGAAGCAGGAUCCCCUUCACGUUAAACAGGAAGAGGAGUCCGAAAUGCUGUACAUCAAACAGGAGGCAGAGCCAGAGACCCCCGACAUGAAAGAAGAAGACCAGGAAGUUGAAAUCCCAAAGUUUCCAUUGGGUGUCAGUGUGAAGAGCGAAGAAGACGAAGGACCAAGCGAAGAGAGCGGAGCAGCGAAGCCUUCGAGCGACAGCUCAUUUCAGCACUUGACAACAAAAGCAGAGGGACGAUCGCAACCGGACGGCCUCUUAGCUCCGCUUUCGGACAGCGACAACGUAACGUCACAUUCUUCUGACUUUAAUACUGAUGAGGAGGAUGAUGACUUUGACCAAAAUGCUUCAAAAUCCUUAAACAAGUCAUCAUUGAAAAGAGACACAAAGAAACGUGCGGUUGGGAAACCUUUUCCCUGCUCACUCUGUGAUAAAACAUUUUCAUCGAAACGUUAUUUAAAAGUACACAUGCGUACACACACCGGGGAGAAGCCUUUUGCCUGCACAUCUUGUGGUAAACGAUUCCUCCUUAAGGGAAAUUUAUCCAAACACACACGCAGACACACUGGAGAGAAGCCUUUCCCCUGCACACUCUGUGAUAAAAGAUUUUCUCGGAAGACUACUUUAGAAAUACAUAAGCGUACACACACUGGAGAAAAGCCUUUUGCAUGCUCACUUUGUGGUAAAAGAUUCGCUCAGAAAAGAACUUUAGUGACGCACACAAGCAGACACACUGGAGAGAACCCUUUCGCCUGCACUCUCUGUGGUAAAAGAUACGUCGAUAAGAGAGGUUUAAACAUGCACACAAGCACACACACUGGAGAGAAACCUUUCGCCUGCACAAUUUGCAAUAAAAGGUUUCAUCAGAAAAGUGUUUUAGAAAAGCAUAAGCGUACACACACUGGAGAAAAGCCUUUCGCCUGCACAAUUUGUGAUAAGAGAUUUUAUUAUAUGAGUGAAUUAGAAAGGCAUAAGCAUUCACACACUGGAGAAAAGCCCUUUGCCUGCACACUUUGUGGUAAAGGAUUCACUCGGAAGGAAGAUUUUGUAUCGCACACAACAAACCAUGCUGGAGAGAAGCCUUUCGCCUGCACACUUUGUGGUAAAAGAUUUUCUCGAAAGACUCAUUUAGAAACGCAUAUGCGCACACAUACCGGAGAAAAGCCUUUUGCCUGCACACUUUGUGGUAAAAGAUUUUCUCGGAAGACUCAUUUAGAAAGUCAUAAGCACACACAUACCGGAGAGAAGCCUUUCGCCUGCACACUUUGUAGUAAAAGAUUUUCUCUGAAGAUUCGUUUAGAAAGACAUAAGCGCACACAUACCGGAGAGAAGGCUUUUGCCUGCACUAUUUGCGGUAAAAGAUUUGAUCAGAAGAUUCAUUUAGAAAGACAUAAGCGCACACAUACCGGAGAGAAGCCUUUCCCCUGCACACUUUGCGAUAAAAGAUUUUCUGAGAAGAAUAAUUUAGAACAGCAUAAGCGCACACACACUGGAGAAAAGCCUUUUGCAUGCUCACUUUGUGGUAAAAGAUUCGCUCAGAAACGAACUUUAGUUAAGCACGCAAGAGGCCACACGGGGUAAAAACCUUUGAGAUGCAGCCUGUGACAAAAUAUUCUAAUAUAUAUAUACUGGACUGUCUCAGGAAAUUAGAAUACACAAUAUUCUAAUUUUCUGAGACAGUCCUGUACAUUAAUCCACCAUUUAAAGCAGGGGUGUCCAAACUUUUUGCAAAGGGGACCAGAUUUGGCGUGGUAAAAAUGUGGGGGGCCGACCUUGGCUGACGUCCUUUACAUAGAACAAUAUACAGGACUGUCUCAGAAAAUUAGAAUAUUGCGUAUUCUAAUUUUCUGAGACAGUCCAGUAUAUAAAUAUUAAAAUUGAAUGAAUUGCGUUUCAUGUCUGUGUUGAGAUUGUUCCAUGACUGACUUAUUGCGUUUAAGGGUGUUAAAAAAAUCGAUUCUGGAAUAUAUCGCAAGAGUAGGUCACACUAUUCCCGUAUCUAUUUAAAAUCCGUCUGUUAUUGAGCUUUACAUGUAUUGAAUAUUUUAGUUAUUGGUCAAUUUUUUUCUUUAAUCCCAGACAACAGUUAUUGUUGGUUUAGUUACCUGACAUGUUUCGGCGAACUCUUCCGCCUUCAUCAGAGAGUCACUGGUGUAGGUUUGACGCGUCUUUAUCAGCUGAUUUAUGAGGGCGUGACUCACCUGUCAGAUUGACAGGAGAGUCACACCCUCUGCUGACCAUUCACUCUUCCAGGAUGCUGGUCCAGGUAGUAGAGCGCAUGUACGCCCCCUGUUGAUGGCCCUUGUGCCCCGCUUAAGGAUCUCAGUGGCCUCCGUGAGCCAGCGCUGAUGUUUGUUUUCUUCGGUGUGGAUGACUCUGGCCUUUUCCCAGUCCAUGAUGUGGUUUUCCCUUAUGCGGUGAUCGGUGAUGGCUGAUUUGUGACGUUCCUGUUGUGACUGAUUUUAUUGCCCUUGUUAGUCUCCUUUUCACAUUCCUUCUUGUGGGAAAAAGCGUGGAAAAAGCCUGUAAUUAUCAUCACAGGUAUUCCUCAACGAUGAGAGACUGAAUGAGAAAAAAAAAUCCAGAAAAUCAAUUUGAAUUUAUUUACAAAUUAUGAUGGAAAAUAAGGGUUUGGUCAAGAACAAAAGUUCAUCUCAAUACUUUGUUAUAUUCCCUUAAUUGAUAAUGACAGAGGUCAAAAUGUUUUCUGUAGGUCUUCAAAGGUUUUCACACACUGUUACAGUUAUUUUGGUCCAUUCCUCCAUGCAGAUUUCCUCGAGAGCAGUGAUGUUUUGGGGCUGUCGUUGGGCAACACGGACUUUCAACUCCCCCCAAGGAUUUCAUAUGUGGUUGAGAUCUGGAGACCGUCUAGGCCGCUCCAGGACCUUGAAAUGCUUCUUACGAAGCCACUCUUUGUUUCCAGGGCAAUAUGUUUAGGAUCAUUGUCAGGCUGAAAGACUCAGCCACGUUUCAUCUUCAAUGCCUUUGCUGAUGGAAGGAGGUUUUCACUCAAAAUCUCGAAAUACCAUGGUACCCGCGGGUCAUUAGAAGUAUUAAAAAAGCAUUGAAUUUAGUUUUCCAUUAUUAAAGGUAUUAAAAGUAUUAAAUUAGCUGUUGUAAGUCUAGAAUUUUUUUCACCGUGGUCUUAAUUUCAAGAACAUCUCAGUGCAACCUAAAUUAUAUCCGUGACAAAGUUUUUGUUUUUUUUAAUCCAUAAUUUUUAAUCCAUAACAAAGAUGACGCAUAGAAUUUUUACGAUGCACUACACUACAAAUCGAAAUGCAACUCGUGCGUGCCAAACCACCACAACCGGCAAAACGGAGAAUCCAUCCCCCUCUGCAUCGGGAAUGCGUCCGUUUGUGGGUGGAACAAAAACCCUGCAGGCAGAAGUAGUGUGGAUUCUGAACACCAAAACAGACCACCAUCCAUAUACUUCAAAUGAGUCCAUUGGUGAUCUGUUUCGGAUAUUACGUCAUUUUUGGUCGGCAUCGACUGUCACAAUGUUGGUCAUAUUGCGUUUUGUUGCAGAGGGAGCGUUCCCGAUGUCGUAACUGUGUCUUUUGUAACGAAUUUUCAGUUGGCAGGAAAAAAAACGCACAUUUUCUUAAUGUUUAAAUAGUCUACAUAUUUUUAUGAUCAUUAUAAAUUCGUUUACACAAUGAAAUAACGCUGGAAAAGUUUGUUAAAUGUUGCUCAAAUCGUGUUUGUUUUUUUCGGAGGGAGCAUUCCCGACUUCGUAACUGCAGCCAAUUUAAGCCCAUCAAGACUUUAAGAUAGAGGUAAAAUCGGGCCUAAAAAAUCCACCCCGAACUGGUCCGCGGGUAUUAAAGCCCGACCCGCAUUUUGAUAACAUUUGUGACGAUGUCUGCAUGAAAGCCUGUCUUUUAUAACGAAUUCUCAGUUGGCAGAAAAAAAACACACAUUUUCGUAAUGUUUAAAUAGACUACAUAUUUUUAUGAUCAUUAUAAAUGUAUUUACACAAUGAAAUAACGCUGGAAAACUUUGUUAAAUAUAAAUAAACAGAUGCGGUUUUGCGGACUCGCAGAGGGGAAGAUUAAAAAGGGCGUAUAGGCACGCUCUGGCUCUGCAAUGACCAUACAGCGCCUUCUUUUUUUUUUUUUUUUUUAAUCCAAAUGAUUUGUUUUAUAACAAGUAUUCCUUAGUUUAUCAUUCAUACAUCGUUAAUAUAUAGUUAUUUCAAAAAGUUAGCGAGAAAGAACCCUGGCCCGGCCCGAUGUAAUAAUUGACAUUUUAAUUUUGGUAAUGUUUUCAGUUUAAUUUAGCUGUUUCCAGCUUGCUAUGUUUAUAAUUGUGAUGUUUGUUUACCGCUUUUCCUCUUACUGCGAAGAGGGAGGAAGUUACAUCGGCCGCCGCUAUGAUAUUUAAGUCAUCAGCCAUCUGCUGUGACCCGGGAAUUUAACGCCUGCUUUCACGCACACUGCUUCCCAAGUCAGUCCAUCCAUCCAUCCAUUAUCUUCCGCUUAGUCCGGGGUCGGGUCGCGGGGGCAGCAGCUUUAGCAGGGAAGCCCAGACUUCCCUCUCCCCAGCCACUUCAGCCAGCUCCUCCGGCGGGAUUCCAAGGCGUUCCCAGGCCAGCCGGGUGACAUAGUGUCUCCAGCGUGUCCUGGGUCGACCCCGGGGCCUCCUGCCGGUGGGACAUGCCCGGAACACCUCUCCAGGGAGGCGUCCAGGAGGCAUCCGAACCAGAUGCCCUAGCCACCUCAACUGGCUCCUCUCAACGCGGAGGAGUAGCGGCUCGACACCAAGCCCCUCCCGGAUGACCGAGCUUCUCACCCUAUCUCUAAGGGAGAGCCCGGACCCCCUGCGGAGGAAACUCAUUUCGGCCGCUUGUAUCCGGGAUCUUGUUCUUUCGGUCACGACCCACAGCUCGUGACCAUAGGUGAGGGUAGGAACGUAGAUCGACUGGUAAAUCGAGAGCUUCGCCUUUUGGCUCAGCUCCUUCUUCACCACAACGGACCGGUGCAGAGUCCGCAUCACUGAAGACGCUGCACCGAUCCGCCUGUCAAUCUCCCGCUCCUUCCCACCCUCACUCGUGAACAAGACCCCAAGAUACUUGAACUCCUCCACUUGGGGCAGGAUCUCAUCCCCGACCCGGAGAGGACAUGCCACCCUUUUCCGGCUGAGGACCAUGGUCUCGGAUUUGGAGGUGCUGAUCUUCAUCCCAACCGCUUCACACUCAGCUGCGAACCUUCCCAGUGAGAGUUGGAGGUCAUGGCUUGAUGAAGCCAACAGCACCACAUCAUCUGCAAAAAGCAGAGAUGCAAUGCUGAGGCCACCAAACCGGAAACCCUCAACGCUUCGGCUGCGCCUAGAAAUUCUGUCCAUAAAAAUUAUGAACAGAAUCGGUGACAAAGGGCAGCCUUGGCGGAGUCCAAUCCUCACUGGGAACGAAUUCGACUUACUGCCGGCAAUGCGGACCAGACUCUGACACCGGUCGUACAGGGACCAAACAGCCCUUACCAAGGGGCUCGGUACCCCGUACUCUCGGAGCACCCUCCACAGAAUUCCCCUAGGCACACGGUCGAACGCCUUCUCCAAAUCCACAAAACACAUGUAGACUGGUUGGGCGAACUCCCAUGCACCCUCGAGGACCCUGCUGAGGGUGUAGAGCUGGUCCACUGUUCCACGGCCGGGACGAAAACCACACUGCUCCUCCUGAAUCCGAGAUUCGACUUCCCGACGGACCCUCCUCUCCAGCACCCCUGAAUAGACUUUACCGGGGAGGCUGAGGAGUGUGAUUCCUCUAUAAUUGGAACACACCCUCCGGUCCCCCUUUUUAAAAAGGGGGACCACCACCCCGGUCUGCCAAUCCAGAGGCACUGUCCCCGAUGUCCACGCGAUGUUGUAGAGGCGUGUCAACCAUGACAGCCCUACAACAUCCAGAGCCUUUAGGAACUCCGGGCGGAUCUCAUCCACCCCCGGGGCCUUGCCACCGAGGAGCUUACCAACCACCUCAGUGACUUCAACCCCAGAGAUCGAAGAGCCCACCUCAGAGUCCCCAGACUCUGCUUCCUCAAAGGAAGGCGUGUCGGUGGAAUUGAGGAGGGCUUCGAAGUAUUCUCUCCACCGACUCACGACGUCCCGAGUCGAGGUCAGCAGUACACCAUCUUCACUAUACACAGUGUUAAUAGUGCACUGCUUUCCUCUCCUCAGACGCCGGAUGGUGGACCAGAAUUUCCUCAAAGCCGUCCGGAAGUCGUUUUCCAUGGCCUCACCGAACUCCUCCCAUGUCCGAGUUUUUGCCUCGGCGACCGCCGAAGCCGCAGUCCGCUUGGCCAGCCGGUACCUGUCAGCUGCCUCCGGAGUCCCACAGGCCAAAAAGGCCCGAUAGGCCUCCUUCUUCAGCUUGACGGCAUCCCUUACCGCUGGUGUCCACCAGCGGGUUCGGGGAUUGCCGCCACGACAGGCACCAACCACCUUACGGCCACAGCUCCGAUCGGCCGCCUCAACAAUGGAGGUGCGGAACAUGGCCCAGGUCAGUCAACACGGGAAAUUGUUUUCACACACAACUGCUGCACGGUUAAGUCCUGCGAUAUUCCCGUUGUUUUGGAGUAUGUGAUAAGGGCUCAAAUUACAUCCAGAUACUUAAGGUUGCAGUUUAUGGGUCAUGCGAAGGCAGUGGACCUGCUUAAACAUUUCGGUUUGCCUUUCGAAUGAAUGUGAAUUUCGCCGUUUUAACUCGAGAGUUAGCCAUGUUCACUGGGGUCUUGGCAGGUGCACUAGCGGCUAGCCUGUUACAGAAGAUGGCUGGUCUGAGUCCUGUCCUCCUCCUCUUUUUGUCCAUAAUUAUUGUGUGCGUGUGUGUGUUUAAAAAAAUUCUGACACACUUUAUAAUGUUACUUUAAAUGUGUUUUAAUUGUAUCUUCAAUAUACUGGACUGUCUCAGGAAAUUAGAAUACACAAUAUUCUAAUUUUUUGAGACAGUCCUGUGUAUAUAUACAGGACUGUCUCAGGAAAUUAGAAUACACAA